AUCGCAGUAGGGACAUCAACAACAAUCGAUGCGGAUCUCAGACUCAGUCUUCGCUCAGACUUUCACAUAGCCGAUUCAUCCAGCGCUGACGAACUACAGUUCUCCACAGCGAUGAACAUUUUGCUGCUCUGCUGUUGGCUGCUGCUGGCUCUCCUCCCGCAGCCCAGGCAUGUGGUGGGAUCCAAGAUACUAGCAGUCUAUGCAUUUCCAGGCAAAUCGCAUUACAUGAUGCACACGGCCCUGAUGAGGGAGCUGGUUGAGAGCGGCCACCGGGUGACCAUGAUAACUGCCUUCUCGCUGCAGAAGGAGCAGCUGGGCAGCAACUACACGGAGAUUCUGAUCGAGCCCGUCUACGACUUCUGGCACGAUGUUAAGCUGAACUUUGGAGCCCAGCACUUGUUUGAGCUGACGCGCAUGACAAACUAUGAUUUCCUGAAGAUGCUGGAGAUCAUCGGGCUGAAGACCACAGAGCACGCCCUGCGCCAGCCCAAGGUUCAGGCUCUGAUUCAUGCCAAGCAGACGGAAGGAGUCUUCGAUCUCCUGCUGGCCGAGCAGUUCUACCAGGAGGCAUUCCUCGCCCUGGCGCACAUCUAUAAGGUACCCGUGGUCACGACCAGCACGCUGGGCUACGAGAACCACAUGAGCCAGAUGAUGGGCCUGAUCACGCCCUGGUCCUUUGUGCCGCACGGCUUCAUGCCGUUCACCGAUCGAAUGAGCUUCCUGGAGCGGGUGAAGAACUCGUACGCCUCGCUCUACGAGGACCUGGAUCGCCUGCUCAGCUACUUCCCCAAAAUGGAUGCCGUGUCAAGGGAGUUCUUUGGCCCCGUACUGGGCGAGGUGCCCAGGGUCAGGCAGAUGGAGAGAGAGAUCUCUGUGAUGCUGCUCAACAGUCACGCACCGCUUACCACGGCCCGGCCCACUGUGGAUGCCAUGGUGCCUGUGGGCGGGAUGCACAUCUAUCCCCCCAAGGCCCUGCCCGCGGACAUGCAAGCCUUUUUGGACGGGGCCAGCGAGGGGGCCAUCUUCUUCAGCCUGGGCAGCAACGUCCAGAGCAAGGACAUGCCCCAGGAGAUGCUGCAGCUGUUCCUACAGGUAUUCGGCUCCCUCAAGCAGCGAGUGCUGUGGAAGUUCGAGGACGAAAGCCUCCGCCAGCUGCCGCCCAACGUAAUGGUACGUAAAUGGCUGCCACAGGCGGACAUCUUGGCUCAUCCCCAGGUGAAGGUGUUUAUCACGCACGGUGGGCUGUUUGGCACACAGGAAGGAGUCCACUACGCCGUACCCAUGCUGGGCAUUCCCUUCUACUGCGAUCAGCAUCUCAACAUGAACAAGGCCGUGCUGGGCGGCUAUGCCAUUAGCCUGCACUUUCAGUCCAUCACCCGUGAAAUUCUUGAGCACUCCCUGCUACAGCUGGUCCACAAUGUCACCUACAAGGAGAACAUUCGUCGCGUCUCGAGCAUCUUCCGGGAUCGUCCCCAGGAGCCGCGCAAGAGCGCCGUCUACUGGAUCGAGUACGUCAUCCGUCACAGGGGAGCACCACACAUGCGGUCCGCCGGCCUGGAUCUCAACUGGUUCCAGUUCUACCUGCUGGACGUGAUGGCCUUUGUGGCAGCCAUUAGUUUGGCCGCUGUGCUGGCCGCCCUUCUGGCCAUCCGCCUGCUGAUGGGGAGCGACAAGAAGCACAGAAAAGCCAAAGCACACUGAUCCACUGAUUUAUUACUUAUUAAUACAUUCAAAAUACAACUCGAAUUUUUCAGCAGUCUGUUAAUUAUU